AUGGAGAAUUCCAAUAAGCAUCUAGCUGAUGAAAGGAUUAUACUGAACGUUGGUGGUGUAAAGUACGAAACUUAUCGAUCGACGUUGACCACCUAUCCGGAUACGCUUCUCGGAACAAUGUUUCAAAAGAGAAAUAAUGAACUGCUACGACCCACCAAUGGAAACGAAUAUUUUUUUGACAGGGAUGGCCAAGUUUUUCGAUACAUAAUGCAAUUCUACCGGACCGGUGAAUUUCUUUGGCCCGAACAAAGUAUACGACCGGAGUAUGAAUUACACCCAUCACGUCCAUUAAAACAUCAGCAGCAAGUUCAAUUAAAGCACACGAUUGAAAUCUCGAAUUAUGAACUAAAACGAGAAUUGGAUUAUUUUCAAAUUCCGGAACAAUACACGCAACAAUUAUACAAUCAGAAACCUUUCCCAUUCGCUAAAGCUGCUGCAAUUCGCGUUGAUGAAUUUGUCGCGGCAUUAAAAGACGCGUUAUAUGAAAUGAUUAUGAACUUUCGUACUAAAGUUGGAAUUACAUUUUAUUGGGACAAAUCAUCCCCAGUCGUAAAUCCAAAAAUCGAUGCGGUAGAAAGUAUAGUUAACCCCUUCGCUUUCAAUGGUUAUCAUAUUCUUCACAUGUUUAAUAGACAAAUAGAAGAACAUCUUCAACUCUUAUAUCCUGAUCUUGUAGUUCGCAUCGAUAAAUUUAAUGGUGAUACGCCACGCGCGCAUGUUAAUGUCUAUAUCACACUGAAUAAUACGCUAGAACCUUCGAUAAUUUUGGAAAAUUCGUUCAAAGAAAAAUUCAAGAGGAUAAUGGAUAAAGAAUCGACUGGCUGUUAA